AUGAUUAUUUAUUGCGGGACACAAAAACCUGGGCCCUACGAAACCUCCAAUAAGCUAUUCGAUAUUGUUAAGACUUUGACCGAACCACUAAAGCGUACAAAUAGAAAUGUUACCACAGCUAAUUGGUUUAGUAGUUAUCCUUUGGCUGAAUAUCUGUCAUCAGUUGCCUUAACUUUCCUUGGAACUUUGAGAAAGAAUAAGUCUGAAAUACCAGCUAUAUUUGUGACAGAAAAUAAAAACCUUGUCCCUGGCAGUUAUUUAUUUGGAUACAAUGACACUUCAACUUUGGUCUCAUAUGUUACAAAAAAAAAGAAAGUUGUUUUGGUUUUGUCGACAUUGCAUGACAAAAACGAAGCGGAUGACGAAACUGGAAAGCCAGUCCAAGUCAUGAAUUAUCAUGCCACAAAAGGUGGUGUAGACACUGUUGAUCUUAUGUGUUCAAGGAUUUCAAUUUCAAGAAGAACAAAAAGGUGGCCAAUAAUAAUUUUCUUCCGAUAUCUGGAUAUUUCUGGGAUAAACUCCAUGAGAAUUUAUCAGAUGACGAACUGCUUGGAAACCUUCGUAAGGCGGAAAUAUAUUUUUAAUUUGGCCAUAGAACUAAUGGAUGAAAACUUGAGGGAACGAGCAAAAAUUUGUUCGCUUCUAAAAAUUUGA